GAAUGAUAGAACGACGAAACACGAGUUAUCGUUUAACUAGAGUUACGUCGAUACGCUACCGCGCUGCUUAGCGACCGCCGCGCGUCUUUGUCGACAGCGGACGUUACGACAUCGGUCAACAUGACGAGGAUUACGCUCGAUCUGAUACGAAAGCGUUCGGAACACAACGAAGGAGAAAUAUCUACGUUAGAAGAGAUCGCUCUGCAUCAAGAGAACAUCGAGAAGAUCGAACUGAUCGAUAAAACGUGUAAGCAUUUGAAGAUUCUGUUAUUGCAGAACAAUCUCGUGUCGAGGAUCGAGAACCUCAGCAGGUUAAAGGAGCUGGAGUAUCUGAAUCUGGCGUUGAACAAUAUAGAAGCGAUCGAGAACUUGGAGGGAUUGGAGAGUUUGAAGAAGCUGGAUUUAACCGUAAAUUUUAUCGGCGAUCUACGAGGGAUCAAGAGGUUAAGGUGCAACGAACGAUUGGAGCAACUGUUCUUGAUGGGAAAUCCGUGCGCUGAUUACGAAGGUUAUAGAGAAUACUCGAUCGCGACGCUGCCGCAGCUGAAGGAGCUAGACGGAACACCGAUCGAACGGUCCGAACGCAUCAAAGCGUUGCAAGCAUACGCUCGUCUAGAGGGAGAAAUCGCGGAGAGCUGCGCGAGACACGAAAAAGCUAGGAAAGCGGAAAUUCUCCGUGGUCACGGGAGGAUCGUUUCUUCAUCGGAAAACGCGGAGGUAGACGAAGACACCGACGAUGAAAAAUUCUGGAAACGAACUAGUCAUCACACGCCGGAAGAACGCGUUGCCAUCGCGGAACGAUUGGCCCGAAAACAGGAGUUAAAAAAUCGAGAAAAGAAUCGGAAAAACGAAUCGCGGGUCAAUUACGAACAGAAAUUAUUCAGUCCUGAUGGCAGGCCGUACAACACGAAUCAGCCAAAGGUACCGUUCAAGUUGGACCACGAACGGUACGGGGAUCGCGUGGUAUUGGAAGUUACCGUGUACAAGUAUUUGGACACUUGCCACCUCGACGUGGACGUCCAGCCCAACUACGUGCGCGUUACGAUCAAGGGAAAGGCGUUACAGCUCACUCUCCCUUGCGAAGUAUCGGUCAGCGGCAGCACUGCCGAGAGAAACACGACGAACGGUACGUUGGUCGUGACGAUGCCGCGGUUAGAGCCGGUGCCGGUCGUCGGCAACGCGUUCGUGAAAAACGAGAAACAUUCUGGUACUCUACAACCGCAACGAUCCUCGACGUCGAUGAGGGAAUACUUAGAGAUCGGUCCGGCUUCGGACGAUCUAGACUUUUCGAGGAUCGUAAAAGGUCGGACCGGGGAGACUGGAGGAAGAAAAGAGAUCUCGAAACUCGAGGAAAGUCGGAUCAAUUACGAUUCGUCGGAGGUGCCACCGUUGGAAUGAGGAAAUCCGGGGAUCGCUUCGACGAU